AAAACUCCACACAGCAACCGAAGUUUCCCCGUUCAGUUGAAGAUUGCUAUGGUGUAACUGAAGUUGUAUUUCUCCCCCCACCUCCCCACUCCCUUUCGUGCUCGGUCAGAGCAGUAGUGUAGAUUUGAUAGAAAUUGCCAUUCUCCCGUUCCUUGGACUAUCUGAACCCGUAGAGGAGACCACAGCAAUGCUGGACUGCAGCGACUACGUUCUAGACUCAAGAAUGAACAAUCCGUCAGAAACCAGUAAACCAUCAAUGGAGAGUGGGGACGGGAACACAGGCACGCAAACAAAUGGCCUGGACUUUCAAAAGCAGCCUGUGCCUGUCGGAGGAGCAAUCUCUACAGCCCAGGCCCAGGCCUUCCUUGGGCACCUUCAUCAGGUCCAGCUCGCUGGAACAAGUUUACAGGCUGCUGCUCAGUCCUUAAAUGUACAGUCUAAAUCUAAUGAAGAAUCUGGGGACUCUCAGCAGCCAAGCCAGCCUUCCCAGCAGCCUUCAGUGCAGGCGGCCAUACCCCAGACCCAGCUCAUGCUGGCCGGAGGACAGAUCACUGGGCUCACGUUGACGCCAGCCCAGCAACAGUUAUUGCUCCAACAGGCGCAGGCACAGUUGCUGGCGGCUGCAGUGCAGCACUCAGCCAGUCAGCAGCACAGCGCUGCUGGUGCCACCAUCUCAGCCUCUGCUGCAACGCCGAUGACGCAGAUCCCUCUAUCUCAGCCAAUACAGAUUGCACAGGAUUUGCAGCACUUGCAGCAGCUUCAGCAGCAGAAUCUCAACCUGCAACAGUUUGUGUUGGUGCAUCCAACAACCAACUUGCAGCCAGCACAGUUCAUCAUCUCACAAACACCGCAGGGGCAGCAGGGUCUCCUGCAAGCGCAGAAUCUCUUAACGCAACUACCUCAGCAAAGCCAAGCCAACCUCCUGCAGUCUCAGCCAAGCAUCACCCUUGCCUCGCAGCCAGCAACCCCAACACGCACAAUAGCAGCGACCCCCAUUCAGCCACUUCCACAGAGCCAGUCAACACCAAAGCGAAUCGACACUCCCAGCUUGGAGGAGCCCAGUGACCUUGAGGAGCUUGAGCAGUUUGCCAAGACUUUCAAACAAAGACGGAUCAAACUUGGAUUCACUCAGGGUGAUGUUGGGCUCGCUAUGGGCAAACUCUAUGGAAAUGACUUCAGCCAAACUACCAUCUCUCGCUUUGAAGCCUUGAACCUCAGCUUUAAGAACAUGUGCAAGUUAAAGCCACUUCUGGAAAAGUGGCUCAAUGAUGCAGAAAACCUCUCAUCUGAUUCAACUCUCUCCAGCCCAAGUGCCCUGAAUUCUCCAGGGCAAGGGAUCGAAGGCUUGAACCGUAGGAGGAAGAAACGCACCAGCAUAGAGACCAACAUACGUGUGGCCUUAGAGAAGAGUUUCCUGGAGAACCAAAAGCCUACCUCGGAUGAGAUCGCCAUGAUAGCUGACCAGCUAAACAUGGAGAAGGAGGUGAUCCGCGUUUGGUUCUGUAACCGGCGCCAGAAGGAGAAAAGGAUCAACCCACCCAGCAGUGGUGGAACCAGCAGCUCGCCCAUCAAAGCAAUUUUCCCUUGCCCAACCUCACUGGUGGCAACCACGCCAAGCCUUGUGACUAGCAGUGCAGCUACAACCCUGACUGUCAACCCCGUGCUCCCUCUGGCCAGUCCUGCUGUAACUAGUCUGUCAGUCACAGGCACAACAGAAACCACCUCUAACAACACGGCAACAGUGAUUUCAACAGCACCUCCAGCUUCUUCAGCAGUGACAUCACCCUCCCUGAGUCCUUCCCCUUCUGCCUCAGCCUCCACUUCAGAGGCAUCCAGUGCCAGUGAGACCAGCACAACACAGACAACCUCCACUCCCUUGUCCUCCCCUCUUGGGACCAGCCAGGUGAUGGUAACGGCAUCAGGGUUGCAAACAGCGGCGGCAGCUGCGUUACAAGGAGCUGCACAGUUGCCUGCAAAUGCAAGUCUUGCUGCCAUGGCUGCUGCAGCAGGACUAAACCCAGGCUUGAUGGCAUCCUCGCAGUUUGCAGCUGGAGGUGCCUUACUCAGUCUCAAUCCAGGGACAUUAGGUGGUGCUCUCAGCCCAGCCCUGAUGAGCAACAGUACACUGGCAACUAUUCAAGCUCUUGCAUCUGGUGGCUCUCUUCCAAUAACAUCACUGGAUGCAACUGGAAACUUGGUGUUUGCCAAUGCUGGAGGUACCCCUAACAUCGUAACUGCCCCUCUGUUCCUGAACCCUCAGAACCUUUCUCUGCUCACCAGCAACCCAGUUAGCUUGGUCUCUGCAGCUGCAGCCUCCGCAGGGGCCUCUGGACCAGUCGCCAGCCUUCACGCCACCUCCACCUCAGCCGAGUCCAUCCAGAACUCUCUCCUCACGGUGGCCUCUGGGAGCGGGGCCACGUCCACCACCACUACUGCCUCCAAGGCACAGUGAGCCGGGCUGAGCUGUGCUGCCAGCAGCCUGUUUCACUGUGCGGUGGGAUUGGCUGCCAGCAGGGUUUAUAAACUGAAAAUGCCAUGGGCAUCCUCUCACCGUGUUGCUGGGGACAAGAGAGAGAGAGAGAGAGAGAGAGAGAGAGAGAGAAAGAGAAGGAAAAAACAAACAAACAAAAAAAAAAAGAAAAAGAAUAAAAAAAAAAAAGCGAAACAGGAAGGAUUUAAAGCUGGGACAGACAUUUGCCUAAUUUUAUAAUAAACACUGUCUUUUCAGGAUCGCUUCAUGGAUCGGAGAACUUUCUAACCAAAAAUGUAAAAAAACAAAAAAACAAAAAAAAAAACCACAAAAAAA